CUUGGUUCAGUAUCUCGGCGGUCGGUUCGCUGGCAGCGUAAUUUCGGCUGCCACAGUUCGUUCGUAGAGGGCACCGAGCUCGCGCGCGCUAUCGCUUGGUUCCCUAGGAUCCGUGCGUUCCUGGAUAGGUCCAGUCGAGUAGAGGUCAGAUGAUUUUGGGUUUGUAAAAUACAACGAAUUUCGGACAUUCGUUUCGUUCGUUGUCGCGUUUUUUUCCAGUCGGACAAGGACCAGCGUGCGAUUGGAAUCACGCAUGAAGUGUGACCCGAUGAGAGAUUCUUAUCACAACGUGUGUACUGUUGACGGAUAUUGUCAGGAAAAACAAGAUUAGAUUGUGUUGUCCGACCGCGAUAGUAGCUCGUGUUAUUAACGUCAUACAUCGAUGACGACGAGUUUUCCCUACCCACUUGGGCUUGUCACCACUGGCAGGCAUAAUUAAGCGAACCUGCUCAUCAGGAUCGAUCAGGGAAAAACAGAGACCAACGUUAACCAUACGGCGGUUAGUAGUUGGUGUGGUCAGUUGCUUCGGGCGGUGCUAAUUGAAAAAUCGAAAGUGUUUGUAAACAGAGGAAACAAGUUAAGCAUACAAAUUAAAACAUAAAAAAAUUGUGCCGGCAACCAAACAACGGUGUAAAGCUUCUAACGAAAAAGGAAGAAAUGAGCGGCCGGUGUCAAUGAAAAAGCUAUUUCGAAAAAUUAGCUCCCAUUAAUUUAAAGUGAAGUUGAGAGGGUAUCCAUUCGGUCGAAAUCACUCUACUAACCAACGCCUCUGUACGAAUCGAGUUUUUCGACUGCUUCUAAAUGUGCGCCGAUCGAUUGCGAAGCAGAGUAUCGAUCGAUUCAUUGAUCAUUCUGGUUCAAGUGUUUUUGGCGUCUUAAAGUGAUGUGUGUGUAUUUUGAAAAAAAGAGUCCGAGUAAUUUUUUCUGAGCAAGUGGAAGUUUACGGUGUGGUUUACCAUUGGUGACUACUGAUCCAAAUUAAUCAAAAAAAGCAACCGCGUAAAUAUUGAUGAAGGUGAGCGUCGACUGGGUUGUCAUCUGAGGUCCACCGUCUCGACCUCCCCAGCUGUGCGAUUUGUGUUUAGUGAAUGUGGUGUUGAUGCUAUUAGUGCCGCUUUAAUUUUUUUUCUUCUGCUUUCGGUUUCGAAAGAGAGUGGUCCCAAUCAGUGGAGCGAGAAAACGGAGUGAUCUUUAGGCAAACCGGAGCGACGGAGUUGAACGAAAAGUAUCAAGCAACCGAUCGAUUCACAACGAUGAAGUGCAUCUCAAGUCGAAGCUGAAAUCGUAGUGUUCUGCUGCAUUAUCAUCAGGUGCAAUCGACCGCCGGCUACUACGUUCUACGUUCGAGCCAAGUCAACGCAAUCGACGUUUAAAUCGUUACCAAAUAUUUGCCGAAGCUGUCCGGGUUACGGUUCUAUUUACGCGCGGUAGGGAUGUAACCAUCCUAAUGCGGUUGAGCUGUGUGGGGAAUUACGGUAACCACGCAUAUCUGAGCGACGAGCGAUGUUGAGUGCAUUAAAGCUGCCCAAUCAAGUUGUCUGCAGUGAGUGAAUUUACAACAUUGGAUAAGCAAUCGCGUAGUCUGUCAUCUGAAUCCACGCAAAUAAUCCAACAAAGGUUUACAUCCGGAAAUAACGAUUUGAAUAUCACAUUUCAAGCUUCUCCGAUGUUCUACGGCUAACAGGAAAGUCAGUGUCAUCAAAAAAUGUGAGCUCUGCACAGCGAACAUACCUUUGGGAGCGCAAAAAUUGAUUCGAGCACGUUGAGGAAACAACUACAACUAGAAACGAUGUCACUCUUGCAAUCGUGAAUGAUGUGCUGUUGCACCGGAAUGCACAGCCUGCUUUGUCAAAGUUUCUUAAUCCGGUACAUCCGCAAGACGUGACGACGACCAACCAAACGUGCUGGCGAAUAAAAAUCGAGAAAAUCCAUUUUCACUGUGCUUCUUUGUCUUUCCUAGGGGAGGAAUGUGUCAAUUAAUAAAGCACUUCAAUAAACUUUAUUGACGAACGUCCAAGGUUAAUUAAAACAAGACCGGGUGGAAAAACUUUUGAUAGUCAGUAACCGAAGAAAAGUUAUGAGUGUGGGAAUUUUAAUGGAAUGUCUUUGUCCCCAAAGCAAUUAAAAGGGAUUCCGGAAAGAGUGAAAGUUAUGUGACAAUCUCUGGGUAAAGCAAUCUAUCAACGAAACCGAAAGGUGAGCCGAAUUUCAGCUCAAACCAAAAGAUGGCCGAAUCAAGUUCCAGCGACGAGGAGUUAACUCAGGCAGCCGGCUCCGUACCUUCGCCGUCUGCGUUGAAAAUAGUUCACCGUGGGGGACGGGGCCUGGCUCGGUGCCACGAGUGCUACGGGGACUGUGCGGAUUGUGUUCCCUGCUGUAAGGAUGCGGUGCACAAGUGCAACUCGGAUCCACUCAGCAGCAGAAUGAUGGCCGGUAAAAAUAUACUGACCCGAUCGAUGAGAUAUCCAGUCGGCCCUGCCACACGGAAGUGUGUGCUCACGCUGGACGGGUACUCGUACGUUAUCGUGGCAAGCUCGCCAGAGAACAAAUUUACCAAAGAUGAUCUAACCGUGGCCCCACGCGAGCAAUCUGCGUGCUACGAAGCCACGUGUCCUGGUCCCACAAACUACGGUGCUUGCGCUUCGUCAUCAUCAGCAUCAUCAUCAUCGUUUGCCACAGGGACACAGCCGCCACGGCAACUGGAACAGUCGCACCUGCCGGUGCAGCCACAACAGCAACAGCCGAGGCCUCCGUCAGGCUCCGCCAGUUGCCAUCAGCAUCCACAUCUUCAUCAUCAUCACCACCAUCAUCACCAUUGCCAUCCGACGACAACGGUGUCGUCCGGGACAUCCCUAGGGGGGGACUGCUGCUCACGUAAUGGACAAAUUGCAAAACAAGGAGGACUGACGAUUGUAAGACGCACCAACAGUAAAAAGAAUACGUAUAUGCUGCAGCAGAGCCAGCAAGAGCCACUCGACUUUGAAGCACUCGACUAUCAGAACCAGCAGCAACAGCCAGAAGGGGACGAUCCAAAGCAGCAGCAGCAGCCACUAUCGGAAAGUGAACUCGCGUACGUCAACCAGCAGCUCAGUCGGGAGCUCGAAAGUAUGCAACCGAUGGCCGGGUCCGGAUCCGGGUCGCCACCACCGUCCAGUGCCGUCGCCGUCGCGAAUCUGUCGCGUGCCGAUCCCGCUACCGGGGAUGAUAUGGACACUGUUGACUUGGCCACCGAUAAUCUGCCGGCGGUCGAUACACCAGAUGCAUGUGAUAAAGCCGCACUAAGACUACGCUGUCUUCUGCGGCAACUGCAGCGCGGUGAAAUAUCCGCAGAGCUCCUGCAGAAAAACCUUCAUUACGCCGCACGCGUACUCGAAGCAGUUUUUAUCGACGAGACAAAUCAAGACGAUGGUGGUGGUGGCGGUGGUGAUAAUGCUGGAAACGAUGGCAGUGGUGGUGGUGGUGGUAAAGCUAACAGUAACAACGUCGGUGCUGUAGGAGAUAAUAACUACGUCAGCAAUGUCGACAGUAAGGAACCCCGGCGGGGCGUCACCACAUCGGCCCCGCCCACCCACAGUGGCCCUACGGGACCACCGCUCGGAAAAACCAUCAUUCAGAGGCGAAAACUACGUGCACCGGUGUGGGCCAGCUCCAUUCAUCGCUCCAAAUACGAUGCGAUUCCAUUCGCACAAGACCUGAAACCACCAGCGUCCUACCACGAGCACGCAUCCGUCGUUAGGCGCCUGGCUGACGAAGACGAUGAACUGUCCGAGGUGCAACCGGAUGCCGUUCCACCGGAGGUACGGGAAUGGUUGGCUUCCACCUUUACCCGGCAGCUUGCCACGACCCGGAAACGGACGGACGAAAAGCCCAAGUUUCGUUCGGUGGCUCAUGCCAUCCGGGCGGGCAUUUUCGUCGACCGCAUCUACCGGCGCAUCUCCAGUACGGCCCUGAUGCAGUUCCCACCCGAGGUGGUCAAGGUGUUGAAGUGUCUGGACGACUGGUCGUUUGACGUGUUCGCCUUGGCCGAAGCCGGCAACUGCCAGCCGGUCAAGUACCUCGGUUACGAUCUGCUGAACCGGUACGGCUCAAUCCACAAGUUCAAAAUACCGCCGGCCAUGCUGGAAACGUUCCUAUCGCGCAUCGAAGAGGGCUACUGCCGCUUCCGCAACCCGUACCACAACAAUCUGCAUGCGGCCGAUGUUGCACAAACCGUACACCACAUCCUCUGCCAGACGGGGAUGAUGCACUGGUUGACCGAUCUGGAGAUCUUUGCCACGCUGCUAGCGGCCUUAAUACAUGACUACGAGCACACGGGGACGACCAACAAUUUCCACGUGAUGUCUGGUUCGGACACAGCGAUGCUGUAUAAUGACCGUGCCGUGUUGGAGAACCAUCACAUCAGUGCGGCGUUCCGGGUGCUGAAAGAGGACGACUGCAACGUGCUGCAGAAUCUCUCGAAAGAGGAGUAUCGCGAGUUGCGGUCGCUGAUUAUCGAUAUGGUGCUCGCGACCGAUAUGUCGUUCCACUUUCAGCAGCUGAAGAAUAUGCGAAACCUGCUAACGCUGGCCGAGCCGCAGGUGGACAAAUCCAAGGCGCUCUCGCUGGUCCUGCACUGUUGUGAUAUUUCUCAUCCGGCCAAACGCUGGGACAUCCAUCACAAGUGGACGAUGCUACUGCUCGAGGAGUUCUUCCGGCAGGGCGAUCUCGAGCAGGAACUCGGGCUCCCCUUCAGCCCACUGUGCGAUCGUAACAACACGCUGGUGGCGGAAUCACAGAUCGGUUUUAUCGAAUUUAUCGUAGAGCCCAGUAUGGCUGUGUGUGCCGAUAUGUUAGAGAUAGUCUUAGCACCUAUAGCACCAAUCGCAAUGAAUAGUAGUAAUAGCAAAAAUAACAAUAACAAUAAUACUAGCAUUAAAGCAAACAAUACUCUAAGUGUACCAAAUAAUAAUAACAACAACAACAAUAACAAUAACAACAGCAGCAGCACUGGUAGCCACAAUAAUACAAGCAAUGAAGCAAUAAGCACUAGCGGAGGAGGCGGCAGUGGCGGUGCUGGCAGUGGUAGUGGUGGCGGUGGAGACGCGGGCGAUAAGCCGAAAUCGAAGCCGGACGUCAAAAAUGGUGCGAAACCGGAUCGGUUUGAAAUCAAGAAACCAUGGAUCACCUGUCUGGCGGAGAAUAAGAAGAUCUGGAAGGAGCAGGCUCAGAGAGAUGCGGAAGCACGUGCUGCUGCUGCUGCGGAAGCUGCAGCCAAUGCCGAGGAGCAAACGACGGAAGAAAUUCACGAUGCAGAUGCUGCCCCAGUGGCCCCGGAGGCCGGCAAUGAAUAGAUUGUUUUCUACGGUAUUCUGCUACAAUCGUGAACAAUACACGCAUACAUACACACUUUUCUAUGGAAACAAGCAAACACAAACAAACAAAAUAAACUAUAGCGAGAGAGAGAAAAAAAGAGAGAGAGAGGAAGAUAAAAUAAACAACCACAACAAGUAGAACUUUUGAUGGUAUUUUUGUGCGCAAGAGAAUCAAAAGACAGUGCGAGGAGUACACUGUUCACUAUAGUGAAGUAAUAGCAAACAAAAAAUAUAGAGUAGUCCUAAAUUAGCGGUAAUCAUCAUAGAAAAAGUACUAAAGCCCCACAAACACAUAUAAAACGAUUAAUGUCAUUAGGGAAACCAAUCUUACCGACAGUCUAACAGCAUGAAAAAGAUGAUGGAGAGCAAAACUGAGCAAGUAUUUACAAUUUCUAUACAUACAGUACCAUUCAGAUAGAACACAUACACAUAUACAUACAUAUUAAAGAACGAGAAGCACGCGAGCAUUGACUUAUAAUAAAUCCACUCUGUACGAAGUCUAUUUUCCAGAUAAUGAAGAAACUGUAGCUAAUUUGUACACAACAUUAGCGACUUGAUUUCGGUCGGGAUCAAUUUCUUCCACGAUUCACGAAUGAAAAGAUACUGAUGUACAGACAAAACUGAACAAGUCUCUCUAUAUACAAUCAUAUAUUUAUAUGAAAAUAGAAAAAAAAAACUUUUGCUUUCCAAUCUUUUUCGAGAAUAAGUAAAAUGCAUAAAAAGCAAAGAACCAAGCUAAGUAGUAUAAUCGAAAAAAAAAAUAUUGACAUAUACUGAAACACACAACGGAUUAAAUCUGAAUGAUCUAGCAGCUAACAGAUGCGUUUUAAUUUCUCAGAUGAACGAAACAGUAUUCUACAAUAUCGGAUGCGCCUUGCAUAGUGUUUCCUCUCGAUACGGGUAAAUGAGUGAGCUAUCUGUCGCAACUGAAUUACACCUUCACACCACCGUUCCGUGCUAGUAAGCUUCCGAACGAAUCGGCGGUUAUUUCUUUCCACGCCCAACCCCAACCGUGGGAUCGCUAUUUAAUUGGAUUGACAAACCCGAGCGAAGCUGUACCUUUUUUAUUCAGAACUACGCCCAAGUUGCAUCGUUUGAAUUCUUUAUAAUUCUUCUCGUUGUUACCAGGCACCUUCACGAAGGCGUUGUAAGAAGAUUAUGUGGUGCUUCAAAGGAGGAAAAAUUAUUAUUUGCGGGUGGGUUGCCGGAAGGGAACGGUAUCCGCAUCCGAACAACGGGUUUCAAGGCAUCUAAAAUUGGCGAACAGGUUGUCACCCGGAUCAACUAAUAUUAGAAAGGGAAGCCCCGUCGAGUAUGAAAGGUUCGAGUUCUAUUGUAAUAUUGUGCUAGCAUAGUUACAAAAAAAUCAUUUUCAAAUUGAAGAAAUUGGAUGUAUAAUCGGCUUUGCAACUUUCAUGUUGCCAAUUAUGCUCUGUGUGAUGAAAUCGUCAACGCAGUUAAAAUAUUCCAAGAGCAAUUUCAUUCGCCUCAAUUGUGCUGCGUAGAAAUACUUACCUUUCCAGACCUUUUAAGCUCUUAGAAAAAAAGGAUUCAGAAAAAGGUACUAUUUAAAAAUGGAUGUUUAUAGUCUUCAUAAUUUUCGUAGAGGCCAUGAUAGCAAAGUUAAGAGAAAAAAAUACACUAGCUUUAAUGAAAAUUUAAAAAAAAAAAAAAGAAAAUUCACUUUCGAAGACACUUUAGUUUGUAUAUUGUCAACGAUACGACACAAUAUGACGAAAAGUGCGCUCAUUUCACCACAGCCACAAAUUGCUUGCCAAUUUGUCAUUUCGAAAUUUUAACAUUUUUUUAGGUUGGUGUUUUGAAACAAUGAGCUUGAAAAGGAUGUUAUUAUUCUUUUGCUGUUUGCUUUACUUACUUUUGACGGCAGUGAACCGAAAAAUAGGUUUCAUCGAUUAUAUUGAUGUUACUGUGUUCGAUGUGUGAAAUGAUAUGACGACAAUUUAGAACGUUCGUAACUGUAACUUUACGCCACGAAACAAGCACCUUUCUGGUAGCAUACAGUGGGUUAAAAAGCUGCGUUCAGCGAUCAGAAACUUUACUAGUAUGGAUAUUAGACCGGCGACAAUUUUAACUUUUUUCGGAACAAUGGUAAUGGUAAUCAUAUGCAAAAUAUGAGCUUUUUCCGAUAGCUCUAGUUCACCAACAAGAAGUUUCAAAUUUCUAUAAUAAUAUAUAUGGACACUCGGAAAUAAAAACUUACAUUCCAAUAAAAAAUUUCACUGUAACUCUGCAUACCUCAAAACUUACGGUCGCGUAGCUAUUUUAUAACGAACAGCUUUGUUGAAGAUCGCAUAUUGAUUAGAGAUUCCCCUAAAAAGUUAUUUAACUUUGAAGACCAGUAAUUUUUUUUUUUGAAAUUUUCUAUUCUAAGCAUGUGCGAGAAAGAGAGGCAACACAUGAAAAUAUCUUUUUACUGCGAAAUCGGAUCAAUUUGCAGUCUUCGGCAAUGUUGAUCCUUACAUCUUAAGCUAUAUAUCUGCAGAUUUCAGAAUGCACAAGAUGAUACUGGCAUUUUGUACUGAAUUUAUUGUUUCUAAAGGGCGAACACGAAAUUAUUGCGACACCGAAAAUGUCAUGCCAAUUUUCUUAUGUUUAAAAUCAAACCAAAUAAAGAAAUAGUUGGGUUUGAUUAGCACUAACUCGAACCCUGGAGUUUCAAAUUUUAAAGACCCGACCCGAACCCGAAAGUUACAAAUUUUAAAUACUCGAACCCGGGAACUCUAAAAUUGAAAAUCCGAAACCCGACCCAAACACGAUGGUUUAAUAUUUCACAUAUAUUGAGCUGGAGCAGAACUUUUGCAAUAAAAUUCUUACGAAAUAGAAGCAUCUCUGGAAUUUCGUUGUCAUAUUUUCACUUUAGAUGAUACUCUAUUAUGUAUUUUCAAAUACUUAAAUAAAUUCAACAUUUUUUGAAAUUGUGUCCAGAAAUCUGAGUAAACUUUCGCGCUUAUACAUUAUUCAUUUCGAUACACAUAUUUUGCUGAUCAAUGUUACCCCGAACGAAUGAAAAUUUACAACAAAUUAAUUUUAUUUUUAUAGUAAAACGAAAUAAAAUACCCAACGAUUUGAACAUAUUCAAUCUAUGGGUACCGGUACUUGUUUUAAAAAUGCAUAUAGUUAUAUCUACUUGAAUUGAAGAUAGUUAUUCGAAAAACUUUUGAAAAAAUGAUCAAUGUUCCCCCAUUUUACGGUACCAAACUUCCAUGAUAAAACGCUAGAAAUUGGCGAUUCUAUCCCACUACAUUAUGGGCCACAAAUCGAUUAUCUCGUUUGAAAAUCCACCACUUGUAAAGCGCAAGGGACUUCGGAAUAAUUUCUCUACAAUACGUGUACUUCAUUUUCGUGUAAACAAAAUUAGGGUGAUCCUCUAUCGUCUCUAGGGUUUUCUGAAAUACAAAAAUAAUUCCAGAACGAUUUAAGAUAGCAUAUUCUUUCAAAGAAUUUUCGAGAAACCUUGUAGCAGGGCAUUGCAAAAAAAAACACUUUUCAAUUUUAAAAGUCCCCGGCCCCCCUUUAUAUUGUGACAUAUAUCAUAGUAAGCUCAGAUGCCAAAUUCCACAUCAUUUGGUCAAUUUUAGUACCCCGCCCACUUCGAUUAAAUUUUUUGACAUUGGCACCAUGGAAAAACAUGAGGGGAAAUACAUGCUAUAACUUUUGAAGCAGCACUCGAAAAACUCAGGUUUAUCCAUUUUUUAAAGGAAACAGUCUUAGUAUUUCAGGGUUCUAAGAGAAUAGUUUUCCUAGGAAAUGUUUUAUUUUGCAGAUUACUUAACUCUGAAUGUUAUCCAGGUCUUGAAAACACAUUUUAUAUAUUUGAAGAUUGAGCAUAAUUCAUACGAAACUCAAGUUACCUGAAAGUAAUUUCGUAUUUUUUCCCAGAUUUGAGCCCAAAUUUCAUCCAAAAUCUUACGAACAAAAAUUUUUCGAUGCGAGCCUGUUACUUGGAUGGAAAAAACAAACUCUUACUUAUUUCAAUCCACACCUCUUUUAACUUAUAACUUCUACCUCGAGGAUACUCUUAAGCUGUUGGCAUACAAGGCGACAGGACACACGCCACCAAACAGUCUUAGUAUUUGAAAAAAGAUAUACUCUUUCCUUGGAAAAUACCGAAAGUUGGGGUUUGGAGAUUUUUCUUUCUCAAAAAUCCGCUAUAUUUAGUGACAUUUCUGCCCUACGCUGCAAAUCACACAUUUUUUGCAGUGGGACAUGGUUAUAUGAAAAAAAUUAAAUUUCGUUCCGAGUAACUUUUUGGGUCCCAUUUAGCUCCCAGAACAACUCUGCAAAUUUUUAGUUCGAUCGGUGAAACUAUAUUUUUGCGCCAACGGUUUUAAGUUUAUAUGGGAUUUCGUAUGGGUAAAUUUGUCAAGGAAAUAAAGUCUAGAAGACCACGAAACGAUCUGAUGCUUGUGGAAAAAGUUAUUAAGAAAAAACCGAUUGCUGCCCUGAAGAUUAAUGAAAAUUUUACUUUUCAUAGCAUCACUGCUGCUGACGGUCGAAUUAUAUACAAAAUCUUUAAUUUUCUCUUAUUAUGUACAAAAGAAUCCCUUAAAACUCUUGCGAAGUGGCCAAAAAGUAUAGAUAAAUGAUUUAGACACAUUAAGAGAAAAUUGCAUAUAAUUGGACAACCAACAACAGUGGUGCUAGAAAAAUGAAUAUUUUAUCAAUCGUCAGAGUAAUUGGUUUCAGCUAAAUAACUUUUUUCUCAAGCGUCAGAUCGUUUCGUAGUUUUCGAGACUUUGUUUCUUUGUUAAAUUACCUACAAAAGCCACAUAACGGUUUAUUUUUAGGAAGCAAUGGACGACUCCUGGAGGAAUUAUUUUGUGAAAGUUAAUUUUCCCAUACAAAAUCCCAUGUAAACUUUAAACAGUGGGCGCAAAAAUGUAGUGUCAGAGAUCAAGCUAAGAAUUUGCACAGAUGUUCUAGGACCCAAAUGAUACCCAAAAAGUUGCACGGAGCUGGAAUCUAUUUUUUGUCCCACCCUACUAGUCAACCGUUAGUGCAAGCAGCAGGGAAGAACUUCUGAUCGCGGGCACCAAUACAGCUUCAACGAUGAUGACCUGGACGUGAGAAACAAGAGAGAGUUAUAUAACCCCUCUGACGCAGUACACCAGCAGACAAAUGUUUCACCCCCGUGAAAGAAGGUCUCCUAUCACUAUGAGCCGUGUCAAAUAGACGGAUUAUAAAAAUAUGGUAGAAACUUCAAUCGAAGUGGGCGGGGGUAGACUUAGAUAUUUUUCAUAAUAUAAAGGGGGAGGGAAGUUUUAGAAUUAAAAAGUUUGUUUUUUUGCAAUGCUCUAAUGAGUAGUAGACCGGCACAAAAAUGUUUUUUAUUAUCAAAAAAACUGUUCAUAAAAAAUAAGGUACGCAGCCUUGUGUUUUGAAGUAUGCUAAAUAUGUAUGGGAUUUUUUGUUACAAUGUUCAGAAAAAGUCAAAAUUGUGCCCGGUCCAAUAAGUGGCUUUGUUGAAUAUGUCAAAUUUACUUAACAAAUUUGAUUUUACAGCGAGUUUCCUGGUUUGUCUUAGGGUGCCUCUUUAAAGUAAAUUUUUCAUAAAUUUCAACUUUACAUGAAUAGUUGUUAGGACAGAAACCCUUUACUCAUUUUUGAUUUGUUUUUCAAGUACUAUCAAAUAUGUAUGAAAUUCAUUACCACUUUUACCUUCAAAGUUAUUUACGUUAGAAAAUGUCGAAUUUUAUGCAUACAAUUGUCAAUAUCCAUGAUUAUAUAAAAUUCAAUGAGAUGGUUAUUGUAGAAGAAAUAUGCGCAUUUAUAAGAGCUGGCUGCUGUCCGAAGUCGAAAUUUAUGAGAAAUUACCUGAUUUUUUAACUAUGCUAUAUUUCCCCUGCUAACUCAGUAUAAUUUCUCUACCAUUCUUUGGAUCGUUAAGUUCUCACAUCUUUUUUCAUUCGGGAGAUAGUGCACUUGUUGUGGAGAAAUUACUCGUACUUUAUUGUAGGUACUGGAUUUUCGACCAAAAAAUCGCGCUAUGCAGAAUCGAGAAUCAAUAAGUUCUGUGAACGCAUAAAAACCUGUCAACUUAUUUUAUUUCACGAUAACAGACAUAUAUGACAUAUAUAACAUAUGUGGGCCAACCUUGCAGAUUAAUCUGAAUUCUUCCAGAUUUUUAAGCGUCUUCCAGAUAUACAAAGUAAUUUUUGUCUGCUCCAGUUUUCCGGGAAUUUGUCCAGAUUUAAGCAGACAAUAUGAAAAAUUACAAAGGAAGUUACAAGAAAGUUUCGCUGAUUCUUAAACCACUGUUUGAGAAUAGCUGGCAACACAAUAUAUCAAAGUUUUUUCGCUGACGGACGACCAAAUUUACCGAAUUUUCAUCACCUGUAAUUUUCUGGAAUUUAACAUGUUGAAAGCUCAGAGAAUCAAAUUUAAUAAAUUUGACGGAUUCUCUAUGCUAGAAAUUAAGCAUUUGAAUGGACUCAAUUACCGAAUUUUCGGUUAGCCGAGUUACAUUUGUUAACAACCAAGCAUAAUCCAUUAGUAAAAUGCCCUGGUCCAAUGCUUUACACUUAAAAUAUUUACAUCUCGCAUGUAACAUAAAAGAACAAUUCACUUGAGUUUACAUUCAAGAGCAAGUAAAAAAAUGUGUCGCUCGCAAUUUUCCAGGUUCUUCAGCAGAGUUUUACAUCAAAAGAAACAAAAUAUUUUUUUACAUGUCAAAACAUGUAAAAUUUUAUUCAGAAAUAGACAAAUACGUCGCAAUAUUAUUUAUUUAUUUUUAAUUUUCAGUUUUUCUAAGUGCGUAGAGAUUAUUUAUAGGUAUCUUUUUCGUCAAACCUGCCCAAGAAUAAUUUGACCUAAUUUGAAUAGGACGAGCAAAAGAAAGAAGCUGGCUAAAUUUUGUAUCACCCAGAUUACUCCGUGCUGAGAGUAAUCCAGGUCUUCAAAACAAAUUUUAGAUAUUUGAAGACUACGUUUAAUUUAUACGAAACUCGAGUUAGCUAAAAUUUAGUAUUUUUCCAAAAUUUGUGCCCAGACUUCAUGCACAACAAAGAUCAGAUUCGGUACGUAUCAGAAUCUGAAAAAACAAAAAUUUAUAGAAAUAGAAAUAAACUCUAUCUUAAUUUGACUCACACCACUUUAAACUUAUAACUUAUAUGUUCACGAUAUUCAUAAAGUAGCAGAACAUUCAUUUACGUUAAUAAAUCUGAAAUUUUGAAAAUAAGUAUCCUAUUCAGAGCUUCUUACACUCCUAAAUGAAACAGGAAAACUGAACUGCUUGAACUGCUCGAAAAGAUGGAAAUAAGUUGUGCGGAAUUGAUUUUUUGUUUUAAAAAUAUAUUGAAUGAUAAUACAAUCGCGACUGGUAGAAGUUAACCGUCUUAUCGAACAUUUUCUAAACAAGUCUCAUAUAAUUAAAGAUACCCCGUUUUACGAUAAAAUAAUCUUCCACCAAUAUUAGCCACAAAACAGUCCCGAUAUGGAAAAAUGUUUCAACCAGGCCCUUUCUUCUCGUCCAAUGGUUUAAUUUGCUGAACUUUUAUGAAUAAAAGACUUGAACAACGAAAACAUAUGUAUUAACCUUCCAACUCUCAUGACAUUGUAUUUAGUACAACAUCUGUAGAAACACUAGUGAAAACUUCUUUGAGCAUCAGCGGUUACUCAUUUGAGGACCCAUUCACGCGAUUAACGGAGGGUUACACGACGUGAAUAAAACAAAAUUAUCUUCCACGACGAACCACUAUUCGCGAUGCGGGUUAUGUAUAUGAAUACACCCAAUUAGUAAAAAACAGAAUAGGUCACUCAUUGCUCUUAGCCCCAAAAAGACGAAAAUCUACCGUACCUUCUUCAAAUCAACCCAAAUAAGCGAAUAUUUCAAACAAUUUAACUUAGCUUUACUUCAAAUUCAACUGGGCGUAACCCACAUUUUACUAAGUUCAACGCUGCCGACCAAAUCCUCAAUGCAAGCUUGAUCCGAUUAUGAGAAUUGUAACGAUGAAAUGACACAAAGCAAAGCGAUCAUUAUACGGAGCAGUCCGAUUUCUCAACAAACCUCCUAUACUCGAGUUGAACUAAGGAAGAAGAAGCCUCUUUAUAUACACAUACACCUAAACGAAAGAAGUAAGAAAAAAUUAACUAUAUCCAGAUCCGCCCUAUUAAUCGUUGAUAAAUAGAUUCUAUUCAUAUGACAGAAAGGACGACAAAUAUGUGCUUUGUAAGAUAAGAAAUUAAUGCGUGCUGCUGCGCGGGUUACUAGAAUGGAGCAGAAGGUACACCUUUAUACUAUUCAAUCCCCUCCAGUUAUCUAUUUUCAUAAAAUUCUAUCUCAACUUUUUAUACAAAAAUCAGCCUUCAUUAAUCGUAGUUACUCUUCUAUCUUGUUAAGAAGUCCUGUUACCGUUAUUUUCUCAUUUUCGUAACCAAAUUAGCUUGAUCCAGUCAGUGCACGUUAUUUAUCUCUAUAGCAAUCCAAUCCGAACUAACAUAGUUAUUGUAAAAGCUUUUCCUCGGGAUCAAAACUAAAACUACCCGAGCAAAAUCAUUAAUUCUUAACAACUAUCAACUUUCCGAAAGUGGUAACGAAAAUCUGCACAAAGUGUUAGCAAGGCAAGUAAUAGUAGUCGUGAUAAAACAUCUAGUUGAGUUUUUGUUUUAGGUUGUUUUUAUAAUUUAUUGACGGAUUAAGAAAAAGAAUACAAAUAUAGGAGAAUAAAGUUUAAUGCUAAAUGGUGUAUCCAAA